ACCUAAACUAUCGACCAGCACUGCUUUGGCUUUCUUUACCGACAACAUUCUUGAAAACGCUGAUAACGGUCUGAUUACUGCCUCUGUUUUCUUGGACUUUAGUAAAGCAUUUGACACCGUUGACCAUGCUAUUCUGUUGUGUAAAUUAAAAUCUGUUGGCUUGGAUGACAAUUCCCUAAAUUGGUUCGAGUCCUACCUUUCCUCUCGUCAACAAGUAACAUCCAUCAACAAUACGAUGUCCAGCUCUCUACCCGUGUCAGUCGGCGUUCCACAAGGAAGCAAUUUAGGUCCACUUCUCUUCAUUAUUUAUAUCAACGAUAUGCCCAACAUUGUUAAACACUGCAAGAUAUUACUCUACGCUGACGACACUCUUCUAUACUACUCAUCCAAGUCAGCUAGUGACAUUGAGAAAUAC